AUGAGAAAGGCAGCUGGAAACUUCGGAGCCCUGCUGCUAUAUUUGACUCUGAGGAGCACAGCUCAGGAGAUACCGGGGACUGCUUCCUGGCUUCUGCUGGCACCAGUAUUCAACUUUUCCACCGACAUUGACAUCACUGCUCAGGGUGAGAGGUAUAAACAGGAGACAGGAUGGAUGAAAUGGACGCUUUAUAGAGACAUCUUUGGUUCCACUUUCAACAAAGAGCCUGAAGGCAGCAGAGCAGGUGAGGAUGUGUCAGGGGAGCUGAGGGCUGUCCUGUGGGAUCUGGAUGAGGCUGAGAAGGAAUCCAUGGCACUUUCGUGUCCCCUGGUGCUCUCUGGACAAGCCCCCAGCAGCCUCUGCAAUGCACACCCCCUGCCCUUCUAUCCCGCCCUGGCUGGCUUCCGCAGCUUGGCCACACUGGUCCUCAUGCCCAUCGACCUGACCCAGCUCUGGCAGGGCGUUUGCUGGAGCCGUUCCUCCACCCGAACCCCUCCUGUUGAAGCCUGUUCGUUGCUGGUUCAGCCCCAAACACCAGAACCCCCACCAGCCCCGGCCCAGCAGCUGGCCCGAGUAGCCGGGAGGGAGCAGUCUGUGUCGACAGUUCGGGCUGGAGGCCUGGCAGCCCCGGGCGACCACAGCAGCCCCAGAUGGGGACUGCGCCUCCGACUGUUCUGGCCCAGAGGCUCUAGGGUGGUCCUGUCAGUCUCAUCCCCGGAGGCGCCACUGCUCGCCCCGGACGGUGCCUUAGGCCCAGGUCCUGUGGGCCCUGGCCACAGACGCACCGGCUCGGAGCCCGGACCUCAGCCCGCACUGACUCAGCGAGGGCCUGUGGGAUUCUGUGGGAUACGAGUCCCACCUGUAAGGUCGUGCAGGGAGCACGCAGGGGCGGGGCGUGCGUCGCUGAAGCAGGUGACUAGCGGACACCCAGGUCAUGGAACGCUAAGCGGGCGCCUUGGAGGAGGUGGCGGACAGUACCCGGCAGCAAGAGCGACACUACCAGCUGCUGUGGGCGCUGCAGAGCCUGGUGAAGGAGUUGCCCAGCAACUGCCAGCAGCGCCUGUCCUGCACCACGCUCAGCGACUUGGCCCUGGCGCUUCUCGACGACACCAUGUUCGAAAUCGUGCAGGGGCUACUGGAGAUCCAGCACAUCACCUAAAAGAGCCUGUAAAACCAGCGCCUGCGCCUACAGAACGAGCACCGAGUGCUCAGGCAGGCACUGAGGCAGAAGCACCAGGAAGCUCAGCAGGCCUGCUGGCCCCACAACCUGCCUGUGCUCCAGUUGGCUCAGCAGCAAGAACUAGAGGGGUGGAGCACCUGAUCCGUGAGGAGCAGCGGGCGAUGGACGGGAAGAUCAUCCUGGAGCUGAACCGCAAGGUGGCUGACCAGCAGAGCACACUGGAGAAGGCAGAGGUGGCUGGCUUCUAAGUGACCACCAACCUGCAGGUCAGUGCCUGGACCUGCUCUGCCCUAGCCUGAGUGCCCCUGAGCCCUGAAGACCCCAUUCCAUCUGAGGUUUCACCACUGGUCCCUGGGAAUCCAGGCUUACGGUAUAGGGGUGAAGUGGAAGGACUGAGACUCCAGAAAGGAUUUCUGUGCUGUUCCCAGCACAGAGGCUGGGCCCACUCCCUGCAGGAGGGUGAGCCAGCCAACCAUGGGGCACUGCCCACCCUCCCCAGGCCCACAUGGCCCUCUUCUGCUCUCCUCCUACAUGCCAUUCUGAGCAGCCCUGCUGGGGGCAGAGGCCCAGAUUCCACCCCUUACUGGCAGGCCAUGACUGGCUUCACAGGAUGGUUGCCCCAUGGGCUCACUGCCUGGCACCUCUAGGCUGGGGUGAAAGGGGCCUGGGUCACUCUGAUGCUCGUAGGGCCCCUCUGUAUCCCAGGAGCUGAUGCUGCAGAUGAACCUGCUGGAGUUCAUCCGGAAGCUGCAGCAGAGGUGCUCCCAGGCAAGGAAGGCAUCCCUGGGACUGGGAGGUUGCUGGCAGCCUCCUGCUGCCCAGUGUGACAAGGAAGGCAGUCCUGUCCCAACAUAGCCACAGGCAGCAGAAGGCUGGGCAGAGUUCAUCUUCUUGACCUUUGGCCACUGCCUUCGCAGCUGCCUGCAGGGGUCUCCCUGCUGAGGAGAGGCCAGGUGGACCCUGCCUGUCCCCCACCUUCAUCUGGGACUUUCUGCCAAAUGCUAGGAUGGACUCAUAAAGGGGAGGUGGGCCCAGCCUGCCACUGUCUGC